AUGGCGGUCGCCCACGCCUUCCACCAUGAUUCCCGCGCCAUCAGGCCAGCGCUGGAGAACGCGACGACCACCGCGUCGGUCUUCCUCGGCGAGCACGACCACCUGCUGCCCGGCGCGGUGCAGCGCCAAGCUGCGGCCGUGGCUGGCCACACGGCGUUCAGCGACCCACGCAGCGAGCUCACCUGCAACAACAACAACUACGACGCCACUUGGUCCGUCGUCGUGCCCAGGAAGCGCGCGCGGAUCGGCGGCGCGGCGUUCGCGCCCGGAGGCGGCGGAGAGGAUGCGCAGGGAAGCAGCAGGGUGCUCUGCUCCGGCGCCGCGUCCACCAGCGGACGCCCGGCGGCGGCAGGCUCCGCGUCGGUGUCGCAGUCGCAGCACGGCGUCCUGGCGCACCUCUACCGCCACAGCAUCGAGGUCGACGCGCUCGUCCGUAUCGAGAACGAGAGGCUGCGGGCGGGGCUGCAGGAGGCGCGGCGCCGGCACGUCCGGGCCGUGGUGUCGGCCGUGGAGCGCGGCGCCGCGCGGCGCCUUCGGGCGGCGGAGGCCGACCUUGCGCGCGAGCUGGCGCGCAAUGCGGAGCUGUGCGAGAGGGUCCGUGAGAUGGGCGCGGAGGGGCAGGCGUGGCAGGGCAUCGCCAGCGGCCACGAGGCUGCCGCCGCGGGCCUGCGCGCUACCCUCGAGCAGCUCCUCCUCCAGACGCCGUGCGCGGGCGCGGGAGCGGCUGAUGAGGAGGGCCAGGGAGAGGUGGUGGAGGACGCGCGGUCGUGCUGCUUCGAGCCGGAGCGGCAGCGGCAGGAAGGCGCGGACGACGACGACAUGGCCCGUGGCAGUAGCAGCACGAGGGCGUGCCGGGCGUGCGGCGCGGCGGAUGCGUGCGUGCUGCUGCUGCCGUGCCGGCACCUGUGCCUUUGCGGUGGGUGCGAGGCGGUUGUCGAGGCGUGCCCCGUGUGCGCGGCCACCAAGAACGCCUCGCUCCACGUCCUCCUCUCCUGA